AUGGCUUCCAAUCCUCCAGGUGCUUGCUGUAUCGAGUCUAACUUCCACGAGGGUACACCUCUGGGUAGCCACCAAAAUGUCUUUGGCUUGGACACAUACGUGACCGGAUCUGAAAACUCCAAGAGAGUGAUCGUGAUCUUGACUGACAUUCACGGUCACAAGUUUAACAACACUCUUUUGGUUGCCGAUCAAUUGGCUAAGUUAGGCGGCUACAAGGUUUACAUUCCUGACAUUUUGGAGAACGACCCUGUUCCAGCCACCUACAGUGACCUUGGUCCAUGGUUGCAGAAGCAUUCUCCAGAGGUCACCAAGCCUAUCAUUGAAGGAUUCUUGAAACCAUUGCGUGAACAGAUUGGCUCCGAGACCUUCUUGGGUGUCAUUGGUUACUGUUACGGUGCCAAGUAUGCUAUCCAGCAGAUUGCAUCUGACGGAUAUGCCACUGCCGCAGCUGUGGCUCACCCCUCUUUCGUAACAAUUGAGGAGGUUGAGGCCAUUAAGAAGCCUCUUCUCAUUUCUGCUGCCGAGACCGACCCUAUUUUCCCUGUGGAGUUGAGACACCAAACCGAGGAGGCUUUGGCCAAGAUCAAGGCUAGAUACCAGCUUGAUUUGUUCUCUGGUGUUGUGCAUGGCUACGCUGUUAGGGGUGAUAUCAAGGACCCAGUGGUCAAAUAUGCUAUGACCAAGACCAUCUCCGAUCAGGUCCAGUGGUUUGCUCAAUUUUAG